UUCAGUGAGGACAGUGCGUCGUUGCCAUGGCAGUACAGCGGUUUAAACACGGUCACUCUCCUGGCUUUAGUGUGGGAUGUUCAGUCGGCAUGUUGGUGCGCACCGGCUGAACGCAGCACUGACUUGGUGCUACGCCGUGUGUGUGUGUGUGUGUGUGUGCGUGUGUUUGUAACUCAGCUCCGCGCUGUCCCGGAGUGAGACUUCACCAUCAGCUGUGAGACGAGGUUCAUCGCUGUAAAGUACGCUUGGACACGUCGCACACCUGCGGCUGGACGGAAAUAGAUGGAGGAACUUGCGCCGCAGCCGCAGUCGCCGCACUCAGCCGAUUGCUUCACCUCCUCUCGUGGUCCACGGGGGAGCGCGCUCGUAAGCUGAUUUAACCCGGGGGAUGUGAAUACCUCUCCGGGAUUAGAAGGUUAUUAGGUGAACGACAAUGCCCCGCGGCUCGGUCCUGCACUCCCGGCUAUUGUUCGUGCGGCGGUGGACGCACGGUGCCCGGUCUCCCCCGGUUCAGUAGCUGUGCUACAGCAUCUGCUCCUCCUGCGCCUCCUCCUCGCUGCUUCGCUCAGGUCGCCCUCCCGGUGUGGAUAGGAUAAUAUGACUUCUUGGCUCGGGACAUACGGCAGCGUCCCCCUGUGUCUCCUGCUCUGCUGCUUGGUGGUUUCUCUCUGCGCAGAAGCCUCCGGUGCCGGUGACAGUGUGUGUUGGUCUCCUGGUGUCACUUCUUGUACAGAGUGUCUCAGACGUGGACCACAGUGCGCCUGGUGCUUCAAGGAGGACUUUCUGGAUGGGACGGGCCAGAGCCAGCGCUGCGACCUGCCAGUGAAGCUGCUCAGGAGGGGCUGUGAAGCGGAGUUCAUGGAGCAAUCAGAGAUCAAGGUGGAGGUCAACGCCACCAUCAGCAGCACCCAAGUGUCACCACAAGACAUCAGUGUCACCCUCAGACCAGGUUCAGAGGCCAGCAUCGUAGUGGCUGUGAAGCAGCUGGAGCGUUAUCCCGUGGAUCUGUACUACCUGGUUGAUGUAUCGGCGUCUAUGCAGGAGAACCUUGAUCAUCUGAAGACAGUGGGCGUGGCUCUGUCUCUUCGUAUGACGGAGCACUCUUCAGACCUUUGGCUUGGUUUUGGCUCAUUUGUGGACAAACCAGUCUCCCCUUACAUCAACGUCCAUCCCUCCAAGAUCCACAACCCCUGCAGCGAUUUUGAGAUCCGCUGUCGUCCAGCCCACGGCUUCCACCAUGUCUUAAGCAUGAUGGGAAAUGUGAGCGAGUUCACGCGUGUGAUCAAACGUCAGCGCAUCUCCGGAAACAUGGACACACCUGAGGGAGGACUGGAUGCUAUGCUGCAAGCUGCUGUCUGCCAGAGAGCAGUAGGUUGGCGACCAGAGGCCAAGCGUCUGUUGCUCCUGAUGACCGACCAGCCGUCUCACCUGGCCCUGGACAGCCGGCUGGCAGGGAUCGUCACGCCCCACGAUGGCCUGUGUCACCUGGAAAACAAUGUCUACACAGGAAGCACUCAGAUGGACCAUCCCAGUCUGGGUCAGUUGUCAGAUAAGCUGCUGGAAAACCAUAUCUACUCCAUCUUCGCUGUGGAGAAGCAGCAGUACCAGUGGUACCAGGAGUUGGUACGCCUGCUACCCGGCUCCUUUCUGGGAAAGUUAGGCCUCUUCCAGGCUCCAAACCUUAUCGAGCUGGUGGUUGAUGCUUACAAGAGGUUGUUGUCAGAGGUGGAAGUAUCAGUGUCAGUGGAGGACAAGGCAGUCAGCAGGUACUGGGUGUCUGUAUCACCUCUCUGUCCUGAUGGAUCCACCGCUAAAGGCCAGAGCUGCUCGGGAGUGCAGCCUAACCAGACGGUUUACUUUAACAUCACUAUCGGCCUACGCUCUUGUCCUGAGGAUGGUGAAGAUGAAGAUGUAACAGUAUUGGUUCGCCCUGUGGGUUACAAUGAAUCCACUGUUGUCAGGAUCCACUCAAAAUGUCGCUGCAGUUGUGGACCAACAAAGCAGUGCAAUGAUGACAACCAAUCACCAUGCAGUGGAAUACAAGACAGCCCCAAUCAGGAGCAGUGGCAGGGUCACGGACUAAUUAUGGACUCAAAUAGAGAUUCAAACUGGAAUUGCAGGGCAGAUGGGACUGAUGUGGACUGCAGUGGUCGGGGAGUGUGUGAGUGUGGGAGGUGUGUGUGUGAUCAGAGCAGGCUUGGGCCAAUAUAUGGGAAAUACUGCGAGAUGGACGACUUCUCCUGCCCGUAUGACGGUGGACUGACGUGUGGAGGACGGGGUGUGUGUGUGUCAGGUGAGUGUGUGUGCGAUGACGGCUGGACAGGCGAUAGCUGUGGGUGUACCGUCUCCACAGCAAGCUGCAAAUCAGCCAACGGCUUGCUUUGCAGCGGGCGGGGAAGAUGUGUGUGUGGCAUGUGUGUGUGUGACGACCCCCAAUACUCUGGAGACUUCUGUGAGAGAUGUCCUGCUUGCCAAAGCUCCUGCCAAUCAUACUGGGAGUGUGUGGACUGCCACCUUUCUCAUGGUUUCGCUCAAAAAGAGGCAGGACACUGCAACAGCACCUGUGCCCCAUUGGUGGGCUACAUGGAUGAUGUAUCAGGUCAAGCAGAGGAGAUGUGGAUUCAGUGUAUGUACAUCAGUAAUGACAGCUGUCGCUACCGGUUUCAAACGAGCUCCCGUUCUGGUCAGACCCAACUUCACAUUAGCAAAAGACCAGAGUGCGGCAGCAGCAGCAGCCGGCUGGUGGGAACAUUUCUAAGUGUGUGUGCUCUGACGGUGCUGUGUGGCCUGGUGGUGGUUGCCGUGUCUCGGCUGCUGUUACAGAAGAGAGACAGGUCACCAGGGGGCACUGCUGAGGAUGGAGGCUACCACUGCACCGAAAAAGACCUGUCGUACAUCCCCACAACCAAUGAGAAGACAGUUACUUACAGGAGGGAUCGUCCACCUGACCGCUCCGUGGAGAUGCACAUCCAGGUUUCCAAGAUGCCCCUUGGCGACCCCUGGCAGUACUAGGCAGAGGUCAAAGGUCAAGAAGAAAGUUGAGUAGAGACAUAUAGAAGGAGAGUCAACUUAAGGCUUCUUGUCUGCUGCAUAACCUUCAUAAAACUUCAACCAGCUGUAUGUGGAGACUGUGAUAAUGGUAGAUUAAACUCUGAAACCUCCAUGGGAUCACAAUUGUAAAAUGAACUGACCAAACCCUCAUAGACUGUGUGACUAAUGUGGCCAGUAUCCUGGAGAUUGAUAUGAAACAAAGAGCACAAAUCCUCCACCUCUUUUUCCUCUGUAGCAGCAAGGAGGCUGCUCCGCAGAGUAAAGGGUGAUCAUUCCUCGCUUUUUAGCCAUGCAGCAAUUACUGCUCUAACUUAUGGGUGUAUGUGUGUGUGUGGUGUGUGUGUGUGAGAGAGAGAGACGGGGGGUACAGGUAGAUGCAUUUAUCUAGGCUUCUAUUUAUGAUUUUAUAGUAAAAAAAACACUACAUGUUUUAGGUUUAUGUGAUUGUGUGAUGCUCCAAACUGUGCUUUCUCGCUGUCUUGUCUGCCCUCCUGUGGCCAGAUUGAGGUAUGACAUGUUUUUUUUUUUUUCCCAUUACUGACCUCGGCUGAAUGUUCGUUGGGAUUUAGUUCAUCAGGCACACCAGUGACUCUGGAUGCCUUUUUAUUUUUUUAAUCGGAUUAGGUUCAUAGAGAUGUGUGGCAUACAUUGCCUUCUAGUGUUUUUCAGUGCAUCUUUAUUGCAUUAUGUUUUUGGUAACCAAUCAGUUGUGUUUAGUGUUUUAUAGUAUGUUUUAUGGCAUUUUUCUAUCAUGAUAGGUGAGAAUAUAGUUUCAUAUGAUUGUCUGUUGUUAAUAAUAUGGUUAAACUUGCACUAGAACAGUUGUUUUGCAUUAUACUACUGAAAACUGUGGUAGGCAGGAGAGCUUUACUGGAGGGUUUGAAAUCAAUGGUUUGCUAUAUGUUGGGCAUUAGAAGGCAUGUACACAUUAAGAGCAUUUGAAGCUAAUGUAACACAUCCACAACACUGGAAUAACAAUGGACUGAAAAUUCAUGUUAAAAAAAAAACAAUUAACUGGAAUAACUGUAUGAUCAAAUGCCUGUACACAAUGCCACUAUAACAAAAAGAGUGUCUGCAUGCAUCUGCUGAUAAUCGCAGAGUCAUAACUAUGGAGACUGACAAGUUCAGACUGAAACUAACUCCAGUACAAAGGUACAAACCAGCUCUGAAGGUACUGAGAUCAGAGGUGGACAUACGCUCCUCACGCACUAGAUCCUCUGGCUCCAGAGCGCCAUUUGCAUGGCAUCUUGUGAGACUUUCGCUUGCCUUGUUCCAAUCCUGUUCCUCUUUUUUUAAUUGUAUUUAACACACUAUUGUUUACAGCAAUACCUGCUCUAUUUUACUGUAAGUCAGGAACACUAAUUAUUAUUUAUUGUGAUUUUCUCCCCUUUUUAUUUAUGUAUGUGGGAUUUUAUGAUAAGGCUACUUGAGUUUCAGGUAGUGAGUACUGUUUGUGUUCAUGAAGAGCGGUCUCUGUCUCUCUAUAACUAUGAGAAUAAUUCAGCAAUAAAAUAACAAUCAUCUCAUGUAACUGGGCACUGAGCUCGGGGUAACAACAGCACUUUUCUUUAUAGUUUUGCUGUCAAUUAAUGUAAUUAGUUGUGUAGCAUUUUCAUCACAAUAAAAUGUGCACGUUUUUUUUUUAAUUUUUUUUUUUUAAAUCAUUUCUUGAGUUGUUUAGUUUUUGUUCUGCACCAACAGAUUUAUGUUGUAGGCCACUAAAAAUGUAGAAACUUUGUCGGGCCUAAUGCUUGUUAAUGUGAUUAAUUAUUAUUAUUAUUAUGAAAGGGUCGACAAAUAUCAAGGAAGUGCAACAUACAGAGGCGCAUUUGUGAGCUAGCACAUGCACAUAGUGAAGGUUUUCAUUUCAGCUGGUAUCUGGAAAAGAUUUGGCAAAAGUAUGUUAUGAUGCAACCAAAACAUGAAGGUGUGAGCAGCCCAUGUGAUUCAGUAAACCGGUGACUGCACAAAGUGAACACUAGGUGGAGAUGCACACAAAGGCAACUCUUAGUAUUUGAAGCAAUAAGCAAUCACAUAAAGUGUGUAAAAUACACUAUUUGAUACAUUAUAAUUCUUUGUCAGCUGUGAAAGGUAAAAAGUAAAAAUAUUUCAAUA